UAAUUGGCUUGGGUGAAAACAGAUAAAUUGGUUAUAGUACGAACUUCUUUAGUCACUUUUCUAGACCAUUGCCAAUACAGUACACAUCAGUUUUUUAGAAGGGAAUAAUGGCCUCCAACAUAAUCGUUAUUGUCGCAUCACUUUUUGUUAUUCAGUGUGCCUACAGUCAAAGCAUCCAAGAUCCCAGGAUCCAGGCUUGCGCAAAAAAAAUCUGGGACCAAGUAGAACAACUUCAGUAUGGCAAAGUACCAUUAUGUUAUGACCUCGAAAAACUGAAGGAAGUAACGAAGGAGACUGGGGUUUUCCUAGAAUUCAACAGCGAAAUUCCGGAUAAGUGCAAGACAUUGAGCACGGAAAAUGUUGCAGAAUGUUUCGAGAUAGUGAGCAACAUGAUCAGCAAUAAGAGCGAUGAUCUCAAGACCAGCAUCCUCAACAGCAUCAAGGGAGUCCAUAUUCACAGCUUCGCGGAUGAUAGUACCCUCCAUACCGUCUUCUCUUCCAGGGCUCCAAUACUAGCCAGACAAAUCAGGAACGAACGAGGCAGAAAUGUUGACAACAUAAAUAUGCACUUGGCAACUAUUCUAGAUUGGGGAUUCAAUAACUUGGUAGAUUUCAAUGCAAACAAAACACAAGCAUGCCUUUUCUCUAGGAAAGGUAUCACUAUCAGCAAUAACCUUUUUUGGGAAAAUCACGAGCUAUUUCACGUCCAGUCAGAUGCUUAUGAUCUAGAAGGCACAGAUACGACCUGUCCUGGAAUACUGUCCCCAUAUUUGGAGUGCAGUACUCAAACAUACCCUGAAACUGUUGGAUUCGGUCCAAAAAAGGGCAAUUCGUCUCGUGGGUGA